AUGAUAAUUCAAUAAUAAUCUUUUAUAUAUAUUGCUUUAUUAGCACUUUUUAAAGCAGUUAUAGUAGCGCAGAGUGUUAAAUAUGAUGAUUCUGAUUUAAGUACUCAAAUUUUAGUUAUUAAUUCAUCUAUGUUUGCAGCAAGCCAUGCUUAUCCUAAUAACACUUAUUACUUAAGCAUAUAUUCCUUAAGUGAUCCAACAAUCAUUAAAGCCUACUAAAUAGAUUCAAUUUGCACUAAUCUUACAAGUAUAGACUAAUUACAAGGCACAUUUGUAAUGCUUACUUAAACUGCGCUCUACUAUUUAGAUUAUAAACAAAAUCCUUUAUCUUUUUCUAACAAAUAUAUUUUUUCUAAAUAAGUUACCUCAGUUAAUACUGCUGAAGGAACAAAAGUUAUUUUGGGAUAUGAAGAUGGAGCUAUUGAAAUUAUUGAUUUUUUUGAUAAUACAUUUCAUUGGUAGCUUAAUGGCUGUACUGAUCAAACUUUUUCUGUGAGUUAUAUUCUAUAGGAUAACAAUAUAGUAGGGCUUUGUAAAAAUAUUCUUAUAAGUUGGGAUAAAACGGUAUUUAGUAUAUCUGGAACUUCUAAAAUUUUCUCACCAUAAACUACAUUUGGUGUGGCCUUAAAAGAUGGAGAUAUUAAUUUUCUAUUUUCAUUUGGAAUAGGAGUAAAUAGAAGAUUUAUGGUAGGAAUAAUUUCUAAUUCUAUAUAAGCCUACUAACUAAACUCUAAUGCAUUUUCUGUAGAUAGUUCUAUCACCUCAGUUUCACUUUCAUCUUAAGCUUAAAUUACUUAUUUUAGAUAAUAGUAAAAUUUGAUAUACUGGAAAACAACUAUUAAUAUAAAAUUGUAUAGAUACAAACAAUUAACUAAGUCUGAUACUUUGACAUCAGUUGUCAAAUGCGCUCCUAUGAUUUCUAGCAUAUUUUCAGAUAGUUUAGACUUUAUAGUCAAUUGUAAUAAUGUAAGUAAUAAGAAUUAAUAUUCUAUUUAAAAAAUUAGUUUCGUACCCUUAAUUUGCAAUCCAGGAUGUACAUCAUGUUAAGAUACUGGACCACCAUAUAAAUGUAAAGAAUGUGAUACAACAAAUAAUUUCAUGCUAAAUGCUAGUGGAGAUUGUGUAUGUAUAAAUAAUUAUUAUUUAGAUACAUUAAAAGGUUAAUGUAUCAGUUGUCCUAUUUAAUGUAACGGAUGUUAAAUUUCUAAUGGAUAGAUAGAGUGUUUAGCAUGCUCUAAUAGUAUAGAUCCAUCUAGCAAGAGGUUAGAUUACACAUAAAGCAAAUUAUGUUCAUGCUAGGAUAGAUUUUAUGAUGAUGGUACUUUGAUUUGCAAAUCUUGUGAUGCGACUUGCCUUACUUGCUUAAAUAAUCAAAAUAAUUCUUGUAAAUCUUGCGACUCAAUUAAUGACCAUAGGCUACUAAAUAUUCCAAAUCAAACUUGUGAUUGUUAAGCUAACUAUUAUGAAAAUAACUCUAAACAAUGUAUUUAAUGCAGUGCAAAUUAAUAUUUUGAUUCAACAAGUAAAGCUUGUAUUAAUUGUCCUAUUUAAUGCAAUGGAUGCUAAAUUUAAAGUGGAUAGCUGAAAUGCUUAGCAUGUAAUAGCAGUAUAACAUUAACUGAUAAUAGAUAUACUUUAUCUUAAGACUAAUUGUGCUCUUGCUAAGAUAGAUUUUACGAUGAUGGUACAUUAACUUGCAAACCUUGUCAUAUUACUUGCUUAACCUGCACAGAUGAAAAAAUAAACUCUUGUAAAUCUUGUGACUUAAAUACUGAUCAUAGAGAAUUAAAUGUUACGAAUAAAACAUGUGACUGCUCAAAAACUUACUAAGAGAAUAGUUAAAUAACAUAAUAGUGCGUUUAAUGUAAUAAUAAUUAAUAUUUUGACUCAAAAAGUAAUACUUGUAUUAAUUGUCCGAUUUAAUGCAAUGGAUGCUAAAUUUCAAGUGGAUAACUGAAAUGCUUAGCAUGUAAUAGCAGUAUUACUUCAAUUAAUAAUAGAUAUACUUUUACUUAAGACUAAUUGUGCUCUUGCUUGGAUGGAUUUUAUGAUGAUCAUACAUUAAUAUGUAAACCUUGUCAUCCUACUUGCUUAACCUGCACAGAUGAAAAAAUAAACUCUUGUAAAUCAUGUGACUUAAAUACUGGCCAUAGGGAGCUUGAUAAUUCUAAUAAAACUUGUAACUGUGUAGCUCAAUUUACAGAAAACUCUUAAUAAAAGUGUGUGUCUUGUCAUCUAACUUGUUUAACUUGUAAAGGAAUAUCAGCCUAAUAGUGUUUAACAUGUGAUUCAAAUAAAUAUAGAAAACCUGAUAUAAAUAAUAGCUGCAAGUGUAUGGAUGGAUUUUAUGAAGAUAACUCAUAUAACUGCAAACCAUGCCAUGUUACUUGCUAAACAUGUAGUGGAGGAUCAGAAAAUGACUGUCUUACUUGUAACGCUAGUAAUAAUCGAGUUAUAAGUUAAACUAAAUGUUUAUGCAGUCCAGGUUAUACAGAAAAUACUUCAAUUACUAGCUCGUGUUAAUAAUGUCAUUAUUCUUGUUUAACUUGUUAUGGACCAAGUAACAAUUAAUGUAAUUUGUGUGAUAUUUAAAAAAAAAGAUAACUUCAAAAUGGAAUUUGCAAUUGUAUUUAAGGUUACUACGAUAAAGGAGUAGCAUAAUGUGAUACAUGUAAUUUGACAUGUGAAUCUUGCAUUGGAGGAAAUACAAUAUCUAAUUGUUUAUCUUGUAGUUAAAGUAACUUUAGGCAUUUAUCUAAUUCUUAGUGUGUCUGUAAUAAAGGGUUUGUAGAGUACAAAUAUUAGCAAUAAAGUUGUUAAUGUGAUACUAAUUAAAACAGGAUACUUAAUAAUAAGGGUUAAUGUGUCUGUUAAGAUGGCUAUUAUGAAGAUAGCACUUAAAAUUGCGUUAAAUGCCACUACAGCUGCUAAACUUGCUUUGGAGGAUCGAGCAAUUAAUGUUUAACUUGCGAGAAUAAAUAUCAAAGGUUUUUGAUCAAUAAUGUCUGUAGUUGCAUAGAUAAUUACUAUGAAAACGGAGUGAGCUAAUGUUAAAUAUGUAGUAAUCCAAAAUGCAAAAUAUGCGAUAAGACUACUUAAGAAUGUUUAGGGUGUUUCGAUUCGUAAAAUAGAUAUUUAGACAAACAAGGAAUGUGUUAAUGCAAAAGUGGCUACAAAGAAGAUUAAAAUAAUUAUUCAAACGUUUGUCUAUUAAAAUGUAUUGAAAAUUGUGAAACUUGUAUGCCUGACAAAAUUUAAUCAUGUUUACAAUGCAAGCAAUAUUUUAGCUUUAAUUAAAAUACUUCUAAGUGCUCUCGAGAUAUGAUUCCUUCUGGCAUUCCAGACAGCAAAGUUUAAGAUGUUUCUAAAUACUCUGGUAUAAGUUCAUACAUUUCUAUAGCAGUUUCUACUACAAGCUCAAUAGCAUUGUCCUUUGUUUCUUAGAAUAAUAUGAUAUUCAAAAUCUUAUUUACGCUUUAAAAAAUUAAUUUUCUAUUAUUGAUUAAUUUUCCUUUUCCUUAAAUUUUAUACUAAUUUCUAAAAUCUAUAAGUGGAACAACUCCAAUAGCAUUAUUAAACAAAAUAAAUAUUUUCCCAUACUUCUUAAAUGAAAACGAAGAAUAGUAUUCUGGACCUCUUUAAGACGGUAAAUUUAAAUUAGAGUAAAUCAAGACCAGCAUAAUUAAUAAUGCAGGUGGAAUGAUACCUGUUUUAUUUGUCUACCUAUUACUUCUGCUUAUAUCUAUUAUUGCAUUUAAAAAGUAGAGAUAAAAAGACAUAGAGUUCUAAAAUCUCUAUAAAGGUUUAUGCCUACCUAUCGAUGCUUAUAUUCAGUAAAAUAAGCAAGGAACUUUUAUAAAGCUUCUAAACAAAUUAAUAGGUUUGUUAACUCUAUAAAUCCAUGAAUUUCUUAGCAUAGUUUUUGUUUUUUCUAUAACUUUGCAAAUAUUAUCCUAUGCAUAUAAUGCAAUAGAUAGUGAUAUUGCCAUGGUUAUUUUAAAAUCGAUCUUUUUUUGCUUUGUAUUCAUUUACUCAAUUGGAUCAUUUUCAUUCUAUGCACAUUUCAUCAAUAAGUUUUUCCUUUAAAAAUAAAGAGAAGAAGUUUCAUCAUACAAGACAUUAAUAGAAAUGAAUCAUAGCAUUUUAAUAAAUCCAAGCUCAAAAAAAGAUUAAGAAAAAUUAAAAUCUGAAAUAGAUCUUGCGUUACCUGAUAUUAUCUUUUAAAGUUACCUUUAAGAUUACAUAAAACUUCUAUUUUUUACAAGAAAUUUUAUAUUUAUAAAUGAUUUUGUAGAAUUGAUAAUUAUCCCACUUUGUAUAAUUGCUCCUUUUUAAAACUGCUUCUUCUAAAUAAUACUAUGCCUCAUUUUCUAGUCUCUUCUAAGUCUUUUUGUUUUAAUAAGAAGACCAAAUUUAAACAACCUUAAUACUAACGAUUAAUAAAAUUUAAAUAUUAUCAGUAUAAAGUAAAAAAUGAAAAAACAAGAUAAGGAAUCAGAAGAUCUUUUAGAUUAAAAAGAAUCUAAUAUGAAUAUUUUACCUAAUUAAAGUAAGAGCUUGUUAGAGUCGAUUGUUUACUAUAAACCAAGCUAAACUCUAAGUAAAUCUGUAAUUUAAAUGACUGCAUUCAAAAUUCAUAAAAAUAAAAUAUUAUAAGCUAAAAAUAUCACUUCUGAUAAUUAAAAAGACCCUUAAAUAUUUAAAUCACAAAAAACAUUUAACAUUUUAAAUAUACUUAAAUGCUAAUUAUAUGAAAAUGGUUUGCCUAGCAGUGGUAAAGUUUUAGUAGUUAAUUCAUAAAACUUUGUAGCAUGUUUCAAAUCAGACGAUAACUAUUUAAAUUUAUACUCAAUAGCAGAAGAAGGAAAAAGAUUAGAUUCCUAAAAGAUUGAUGGAGAGUGCCUAUUCCUAGAAAAUAUGGAUUAUGAAUAAGGGGUCUUCGCAGUAUUAAUAAAAUCUCCGAGUUCAUAAAAAUUAUUUAAAGCUUAAGCUAUUAACAACAAGAUUAAUAUUGAUAAUAUAAAUAUAUUUACCUUACAGGAUAUAACUUCUCUUAAUAGAGCAGAUAACACUAAAAUAAUAAUAGGGGAUGUAAAAGGGACUAUUUUAAUGAAAGAUUUUUAAGAUACAUCUUACAGUGCCUAAUUUAAUGGAUGCGAUAAAUAAGUAUACUCAGUUAGUUAUAUUGAAAAUAGCUCUAUUGUAUUUGGAUUAUGUGACAAAGUCCUAUAUUAAUGGGAUAGAAGCCUUCCAAAAAGCCCACCAUUUAUUUAUAAUUAACAAAAAAAUGUUGGAAUUCCAGUGUAAGGUUCAAUUUCAGCUAAUAGAUAUCUAUUUUCGUUCAUGAUUGGUUCAGACAGAUAUUUGUACGUGAAGUGCUAUAUUAAAUAAUUUGAAAUAUAUACUUUUAAAGGAGACUUUUAGAAGUAAAGUCCUUUAGUAGUUUAAACAUAAAGUUGCUAGAGCUUUAAAUCUUACGGUAAUAUGUUGUUUUGCUUGACACCAAGUAAUAUAAAAUCAUUUUAAAUACUGAACAGCAACAAAAUUUAGCCAGAUACCUAGACUUAAAGUAAAAAGUGUACUCCGAAAGAUUUUUCUUUAGUUUAAGAAUCUAUUGAUGGAAUUUUAUUUUGCUAAGAUUAAAGUACUGUUUAGUUUAAUAUUUAAAAAAUAAACUAUUUACCUAUAAGUUGCAGUAUCUAAUGUCAGGAAUGCAUGGGCUCUAAUUAGUUUGGCUGUAGUUCAUGCAAUAAAGCUUUAAAUUUUGUUCUGAGUAAUAGUUAGUGCGUUUGUGAUAAGGACUAUUAUUUAGAUAAAAUUUAAAAUAGUUGUGUUUCAUGUAAUGAUCAUGUCUCUUAAUCUUGUAAUAAUAGUUGCCACCCUACAUGCUAAAAUUGCAGUGGUAAUUUAGAGAACUAAUGUACAAAGUGUGAUGAAUCAAAAAAUAGAAUUCUAGAUAAUGGCUAUUGUAGGUGUAAAGAUGGAUUUUACAAAGAUGCUUCUAAUAAUUGCUCUGAAUGUAAUAAGUAGUGUAAAACUUGCCAAGGUUCAAGUGAGAAUGAUUGCUUGAGCUGCUAGGAUAACACAAAUAGGGAAAUUAACAAUAAUUAAUGCCUCUGUAAGGCUGGAUAUAUUGAAAAUAGUCCUAAAACGGAAUCAUGUAAAAUAUUAUGCCAUCCAUCUUGUUUAACUUGCAAUGGAAAUGGUGAUAAUUAAUGCACUUCAUGUGAUUCGAGUAAAAAUAGGGUUCUAUCUAAGAGUAAUACCUGCAUAUGUAAUGAUGGAUUUUUUUAAGAUUCAAAUGGAGAUUGUGUCAAAUGUAAUAUUAAAUGUAAGACUUGCACAGGAAGUUCUGAAACUGAUUGUUAAACUUGUGAUGUAGAUAAGAAUAGAAUUAUAAUAGGUAAUUAAUGCAACUGCAAAGAUGGAUUUAUAGAAAAUAACCCUAUCUCAGAUUCUUGCAAAUAAAAUUGCCACUAUUCUUGUUCGACAUGUAAUGGGAUGAGAUCAGAUUAGUGUCUUGAUUGCAAAAAAAACAGUUUUAGAACUUUAAAUAAAAAUAUUUGUGAGUGUGAUGUAGGAUAUUAUGAGGCUGGAACAGAAAUAUGUAAUAUUUGUGAUAUAACAUGUGAAACUUGCUCAAGUGGGGAUUCUAAUUCUUGUAAUUCAUGUGUAGAAAGUAAUUUUAGGAAAAAAAAUGGAACUUCAUGUGAUUGUAUAGAAGGGUAUACUGAAUAUAGCCCAAAAUAAAAAUCCUGCUAAAAAUGUCAUUAUUCAUGUUUAAGAUGUAAUGGAUCUGAUCAAAAUAGUUGCAUAAGCUGUGAUAAUUAAAAUAAUAGAGUCUUGAAUAGUUAAAUGUGUAAUUGUAAGCAAGGGUAUUAUAAUAUUGAUAAUAAUCCUAUUUGUGGAUCUUGUGACAAGACUUGUUUUACUUGUAAUGGAGGUAAUCCUAAUUAGUGCUUAUCUUGUGAUGAUAAAUAAAAUAGAGAACUUGAUAAAAAUGGCAGUUGUAAAUGUAAAGAAGGUUAUAUUUAAGAUAGCUCAGGAAAUUGUGUAAUAUGCCAUAUUACUUGUAAAACUUGUACAGGUAUCAGAGAUGAUGAAUGUCUUUCAUGCUAAGAAAGCAAUUAAAGGAAAUUAGACAACAAAAGCAACAAAUGUGUAUGCAAGUAAGAUUAUUUUGAAAAUAAUCCUAUUUUAGCUUCUUGUUCAUAAUGCCAUUAUUCUUGUGAAACAUGUCAAAAUACUUAAAUUAAUGUUUGUACUAAAUGUGGAGAUAAUUCAAAUAGAUAGCUAAUUAAUGGAAAAUGUGAAUGUUUAGAUGGUUACUAUGAUGAUGGAACAAUUUAAUGCUAACCAUGCACAAACAAGAAUUGUAAAAGGUGUGAUAAAGCCAGUUAAAGGUGUUUAGUAUGCUAUGAUGACUAAAAUAGAGAAGUCGAUGGAUCAGGUAAUUGUAUUUGCAAGAAAGGAUAUAAAGAAAAUGAGAUCAGUACUAAAUCUAAUUGUGUAUUAUCAUGUAGUAAAAACUGUUUGACAUGUGAGUCUUCAAAUCCAAAUUCAUGCUUAACAUGUGAUUAGCAAAAAUAAUUUAUUCUAGACUCUUAAAAGAAAAGCUGCAUUUGCUCACCAUAUCAUUAUUUAAAUUAAUCAGCAUUAUUAUGUAAACCAUGUAUAGAAAAAUGCAUCAAGUGUAGUUCAUCAAAUCCUUUAAUGUGCGAUUAAUGUGAAGAAUUCUAUAAGUUUAAUGAAAGUAGUAAAAAGUGUGAAAGAAGCUAGGUUCCUUCUGACUUUUCAGAGAGCACAACAUAAAAAAUAUCUUAGGCAUCUUAAGCUGCAUCUUAUAUAGCUAUAGGGGCAUCUGCUGGAUGCUCAAUUGCGAUGUCAAUAGUAUAGCCUAAUGCAAACUUUUUGUAGUAAUUUCUAUCAAUCUAAAAAAUAAAUUUCCUAAUGCUUAUAAACUUACCAAUUCCUGAUAUCCUUUAUCAAUUUUGCAAAUCUAUUAGUGGUACAAAUCCUCUAUAUUUGCUUAAUAGUAUUAACUUUUUUCCAAGUCUAUUAAAUGAGAUAGAAGAAUAGUAUUUAGGCACAUUACAAAAUAGCAAAUUUCAAUAAGAAAAAAUAAAAACAAGCAUAAUUGAAAAUAUUGGAGGAAUUUUAAUUGUUUUAGUUGUAACUAACUUAUUUUUUGUAUUUGCCAUUAUGCUUAACUUGAAAAGGAAAUAGCAAGUAAAAAAUUUAUAAGCAUCCCUCAUUAAAAGCUCAUCGAUUAAAUAAAUAAUUAUAAGUAAUGAUGCUAAACAAUCAUAAAAAUAGCCAAGCACUUUUGAAAAUGUAUACAAUAAAAUUGUUACAAUAAUAACCAUUUAAGUUCAUGAAUUGCUGGCAGUUGUCAUAACUUUCUCUCUAACAUUAUAAAUAUUUUCUUUUGCUAACAAAGGUAUGGAUUACUCUUUAGUGAUACUUGCAGUAAAGGGAAUUUUUCUGACAAUAAUAUUAUUUUAUUUCUUAGCUAGCUUCUUUUUUUUCAUUAGAUUUGUGAAUAACUAUUAUCAAUAAAAGAGUAGUCAAAAUUUAUUAUCUCCAUUAACAUAAAAAGAGCUAAAACUCGAAUUCAAAGACAAAUUUGAUAAUAAAAAUGACCCUAAAUUCUAAAUGUAAAAUCCUGAUCUUUCAGAUAUAUUCUUUUAGUGUUACAUAGAUGAUUACAUUAAAAAUUUAAUUAUCACAAGAAAUUUUAAAUUCAUUUAAAUAGCCAUUGAAAAUAUGGUUAUUCCUUUAUGCAUUAUAGUUCCAUUCUAAAAUAGUUUAAUUUAGGUUUUGCUAUGUUUGGGUUUUUAAGUGCUGAAUUUUUUACUGAUAAUAUGGAUUAGACCCUUUAAGCAGAUUCUAAAUAAUAUACAAAUCUUGCUGUUAAAUUUUGCAUGGAUAGCUAUAUUUGUUUUAUAUUUUACAUUGGUAUACUAUAUAAAAUUCAAUAUGGACUUAGAUAAUAUGACUUAAGGCAAUAUUGAUAUUCUUACAAAGAUAAGUACUGGUAUUAUGAUUUGCUGUAUACUUCUUUUAUUCAUCCCUAUGAUUUUUGCAAUAAUAAAGCUAAUAAAAGAACUACCUAGCUUGAUUAAAAUCAUAAAAUAAAAGUUAAAAAUAGAUAAAGAAAGUAAGAAACAGUAACAACUUGACUCUAUAAUGUCUAAUUAAAAUUUAAUAAAUGAAAAUAAUUAAAGUAAUAUGCCGAAUUUAGCUAUUUUUAAAACGCAUAAGAUACCUUCUUAUAUUAAAGAAACCUAAAUAUAGAUGGUACAAAUUAAUGAAAAAGAUGAAAAGAGAGAAAAAAAAAUAUUUGUAUUAAAAAGAAAAUAAUAAAAACUGAAAAAAACUGUAAAUAUUUACAAAUUAACUAUACUAAAUUCUUAACAAGACUUAGACACAAAUAGAGAAAUCAAUGCUGAAACAGAAUAAAACCAAAUAUUUUGUUAUUCUAAGCUCAAUAGACUAAAAAAGCAAAGAACAAACAUAAAUCAUUCAAAAUUCUUGGAUUGA